CUCCUCUUCCAAACACCUCACAACAAAACAAAAGAAAAGCAAUGGGAUCGGUCGGAGACAUCUAUGAAGCUCAGCAUGCCGAGGGUCCAGCAACGGUGCUGGCCAUUGGCACUGCAAAUCCAUCCAACACCAUGUACCAGACUGAUUUCCCUGACUUCUACUUCAGAACCACCAAGAGUGAGAACAUGCCUGAGUUGAAGGAGAAAUUCAAACGUAUUUGUGAAAGAUCGACGAUUAGAAAACGCCACACCUUCCUUACUGAUGAAAUGAUCGCAGAGAAUCCCUCACUCUAUGAUCCAACAGCUCCAUCACUCGAUGCACGCCAAGAUAUUAUGGUGGCAGAGGUACCUAAGUUGGCCAUGGAAGCCGCAACCAAAGCUAUCAACGAGUGGGGACAAUCCAAAUCGAAGAUCACUCACAUUGUAUUCACUACCAUUUCCGGUGUUGAUGCACCGGGAGUCGACUUCCAGCUCAUUAAACUCCUUGGCCUUUCCCCAACUGUUCGACGUGUGAUGAUGUAUCAUCUUGGAUGUUACGGUGGUGGCUCUGUGCUCCGUGUUGCCAAAGACCUUGCUGAGAAUAACAGAGGUGCUCGUGUACUCGUUGUUUGCUCAGAACUGAACUCCAUCAGUGGCUUUAAAGGACCCGAUGAGGCAGACUUGCAUGCUCUACUAGGGAUGGCAAUAUUUGCAGAUGGUGCAGCAGCUUUGGUAGUUGGUGCUGACCCUGACACCUCAAUUGAACGUCCAUUGUUCCAACUCUUCUCAGCAGGGACCCGGAUUCUCCCUGAUUCAGAAGAAAUGGUCGCCGGACACUUGCGUCAAACAGGUCUUUCAAUCAGUUUAACCAAGGAUGUGGCCAAAACUAUUGCUGCAAAUCUUGGGAAAUGCUUGGAGGAAUCAUUCACCAAAAUAGGCAUUAGUGAUUGGAACUCUAUUUUUUGGGUGAGUCACCCCGGUGGGCCUGCAAUUUUGGACUUGGUGCAGAAGACACUUGGCUUGAAAGAAGAUAAACUGAAGUCAUCAAGGAAAGUGCUGAGUGAAUAUGGCAACAUGUCAAGUCCCACAGUAUUGUUCAUUAUGGAUGAGGUGAGAAGGAAGUCUAAGGAAGAAGGGAAAGCUACAACUGGUGAUGGGCUUGAAUGGGGUGUGCUAUUAGGGUUUGGACCAGGUCUUACUAUAGAGACGGUAGUGUUGCGUAGCGUCCCUACAACUUCAGUUCAAUUCUUCUCUCCAGUCUUUCACAGUACUCCUCUUCCAAACACCUCACAGCAAAACAAAAGAACAGCAAUGGGAUCGGUUGGAGACAUCUAUGAAGCUCAGCAUGCCGAGGGUCCAGCAACGGUGCUGGCCAUUGGCACUGCAAAUCCAUCCAACACAAUGUACCAGACUGAUUUCCCUGACUUCUACUUCAGAACCACCAAGAGUGAGAACAUGCCUGAGUUGAAGGAGAAGUUCAAACGUAUUUGUGAAAGAUCGACGAUUAGAAAACGCCACACCUUCCUUACUGAUGAAAUGAUCGCAGAGAAUCCCUCACUCUAUGAUCCAACAGCUCCAUCACUCGAUGCACGCCAAGAUAUUAUGGUGGCAGAGGUACCUAAGUUGGCCAUGGAAGCCGCAACAAAAGCUAUCAACGAGUGGGGACAACCCAAAUCGAAGAUCACUCACAUUGUAUUCACUACCAUUUCCGGUGUUGAUGCACCGGGAGUCGACUUCCAGCUCAUUAAACUCCUUGGCCUUUCUCCAACUGUUCGACGUGUGAUGAUGUAUCAUCUUGGAUGUUACGGUGGUGGCUCUGUGCUCCGUGUUGCCAAAGACCUUGCUGAGAAUAACAGAGGUGCUCGUGUACUCGUUGUUUGCUCAGAACUGAACUCCAUCAGUGGCUUUAAAGGACCCGAUGAGGCAGACUUGCAUGCUCUACUAGGGAUGGCAAUAUUUGCAGAUGGUGCAGCAGCUUUGGUAGUUGGUGCUGACCCUGACACCUCAAUUGAAAGUCCAUUGUUCCAACUCUUCUCAGCAGGGACCCGGAUUCUCCCUGAUUCAGAAGAAAUGGUCGCUGGACACUUGCGUCAAACAGGUCUUUCAAUCAGUUUAACCAAGGAUGUUGCCAAAACUAUUGCUGCGAAUCUUGGGAAAUGCUUGGAGGAAUCAUUCAACAAAUUAGGCAUUAGUGAUUGGAACUCUAUUUUUUGGGUAAGUCACCCUGGUGGGCCUGCAAUUUUGGACUUGGUCCAGAAGACACUUGGCUUGAAAGAAGAUAAACUGAAGUCAUCAAGGAAAGUGCUGAGUGAAUAUGGUAACAUGUCAAGUCCCACAGUAUUGUUCAUUAUGGAUGAGGUGAGAAGGAAGUCUAAGGAAGAAGGGAAAGCUACAACUGGUGAUGGGCUUGAAUGGGGUGUGCUAUUAGGGUUUGGACCAGGGCUUACUAUAGAGACGGUAGUGUUGCGUAGCGUCCCUACAACUUCACUCUUCUCUCCAGUCUUUCACAGUACUCCUCUUCCAAACACCUCACAGCAAAACAAAAGAAAAGCAAUGGGAUCGGUCGGAGACAUCUAUGAAGCUCAGCAUGCCGAGGGUCCAGCAACGGUGCUGGCCAUUGGCACUGCAAAUCCAUCCAACACCAUGUACCAGACUGAUUUCCCUGACUUCUACUUCAGAACCACCAAGAGUGAGAACAUGCCUGAGUUGAAGGAGAAGUUCAAACGUAUUUGUGAAAGAUCCACGAUUAGAAAACGCCACACCUUCCUUACCGAUGAAAUGAUAGCAGAGAAUCCCACACUCUACGAUCCAACAACUCCAUCACUUGACGCACGCCAAGAUAUUAUGGUGGCUGAGGUACCUAAGUUGGCCAUGAAAGCCGCAACCAAAGCUAUCAACGAGUGGGGACAACCCAAAUCAAAGAUCACUCACAUUGUAUUCACUACUAUUUCCGGUGUUGACGCACCAGGAGUCGACUUCCAGCUCAUUAAACUCCUUGGCCUUUCCCCAACUGUUCGACGUGUGAUGAUGUAUCAUCUUGGAUGCUACGGUGGUGGUUCUGUGCUCCGUGUUGCCAAAGACCUUGCUGAGAAUAACAAAGGUGCUCGUGUACUCGUUGUUUGCUCAGAACUUAACUCCAUCAGUGGCUUCAAAGGACCCGAUGAGGCAGACUUGCAUGCCCUAAUAGGGAUGGCAAUAUUUGCAGAUGGUGCAGCAGCUUUGGUAGUAGGUGCUGACCCUGACACCUCAAUCGAACGUCCAUUGUUCCAACUCUUCUCAGCAGGGACCCGGAUACUCCCCGAUUCAGAAGAAAUGAUCGCCGGACAUUUGCGUCAAACAGGUCUUUCAAUCAGUUUAACCAAGGAUGUGGCCAAAACUAUUGCCGCGAAUCUUGAGAAAUGCUUGGAGGAAUCAUUCAAUAAAAUAGGCAUUAGUGAUUGGAACUCUAUUUUUUGGGUAAGUCACCCUGGUGGGCCUGCAAUUUUGGACUUGGUCCAAAAGACCCUUGGCUUGAAAGAAGAUAAACUGAAGUCUUCAAGGAAAGUGUUGAGUGAGUACGGUAACAUGUCAAGUCCCACAGUAUUGUUCAUUAUGGAUGAGGUGCGAAGGAAGUCUAUGGAGGAAGGGAAAGCUACAACUGGUGAUGGGCUUGAAUGGGGUGUGCUAUUAGGAUUUGGACCAGGUUUGACUAUAGAGACAGUUGUGUUGCGAAGCAUUCCUACAGUUUCAGCUCAUUGAGUA